AUGACGUCUAAGGCGACUGACUCUGCAGAUGGGAAGAACCCAGCGCAAUUCGCCGAAACCCUGCAAUCCCAAAAUGUAGACCAGACACCCGCCGGACAGGAUUCUGAUUCUGGUAACACCGAGGCCAAAUCCAAGCAGCAACCAGCGCAGGUGCGCUUCUCUUCAGUGAAUGAAGAGUUCGAGCCCCCGGAGUUGCCUUCCACUGGGAAAGCUCCGUCCCGCGAUCCGAAGCAAGAAGAUGAUCUCCGUUCGCUCGCGGCAACUCUUCAAAAGUCUCAGCUACAGGAGUCGAGAAUGUUCAACAUUUCAUUCGAUCCGGUUUCUCUUCCAUCGUCAAGGGUCGUAUCUCGAGAGUCAAGCGAUCGCAGUGCACGAGAGAACGGCUCCGAGUUACCCUCAACUCAUACUUCCCCUCCAGCAUCAGCGAUGCAAUCACCCCCUCUUACACCCGCCGCGACUCAUUCGCGUGAAGCUAAAAACAACGACGCUGCACAGACUGGACCUGCUCAGACGACAGCAAAGCAAGCCCCUCCUUCUUCCCAACCCUCAGAAAUCACUCCCUCUGCCUCUCCCCCAACAAGCGCGCAAUCGAAGAGUGCAAUCGCUCAGAGCGCUCCCAGCUCACGUCCAUCGUCAACAGAUCAAUUAUCGAGACAAAACGACGUCACGCAAACAUCCUCACAUCCUCUCAAUGGAACAAAACAUCGAGCACAAUUUUUUGUUGGCCCGGAGGGAAACACGAGGGAUGAAAGUCCACCAAUGACACCCGGCACCAACGUAGAGAGCUACACCCCUCCCGGUGCCAUCACACCAAUUGGCGAGCCGAAUGACCCAUAUGCUCGCAGCAGGCGGCCGCCACAGUCAAAGAAUCUCACGCAGCUUGAUCCACGAUUCAUAUUCACUGGCCGUGAUUUGAAACGCAGGGCCCACCAUGGGACAUCUCAUCCUCGUCCUUCGAGCGCGCGCUCCUCUAGUGCAUCGGAUCUCAAAGUGAGCGAUAAGCGAGCGGGUAUAUUUGGCGGGAAGAAAGACGUACGACAAGCAGAAGCAGAAACCAAGCCGCAUGGUCAUAUGGCGGAACUCAAGCGGUUUUUCAAAAUGGGUCACAAGCAUAAGCGUGGGGAAUCGCCCACUUCAAAAAAGUCCAGCCGCUCGUCUGGAAAGAACACUCCUUAUCAAAUGGCGCCCGACAACGUUCCAUUUGCGGAUGACCAUGGCCUCAACUCCAAAUACGGAAAACUUGGGAAGGUUCUUGGCUCAGGCGCUGGUGGCUCUGUUCGGUUACUUAAGCGUAACAGCGACGGCGUGACAUUCGCCGUAAAGCAAUUCAGGGAGCGUCAUUCCUGGGAAACGCUAAAAGAAUAUUCCAAGAAGGUGACUGCGGAAUUCUGUAUUGGAUCGACUCUCCACCAUGGCAAUAUCAUAGAGACACUUGAUAUUAUCCAGGAGGGAAACCAUUGGUAUGAGGUUAUGGAGUAUGCGCCGUUUGAUCUAUUUGCCAUUGUCAUGACGGGCAAAAUGUCCAAAGACGAAGUGGCUUGUUCUUUCAAGCAGAUCUUGAGCGGCGUGGCAUACCUACAUGGAAUGGGCCUAGCUCAUCGGGAUCUGAAACUGGAUAACGUUGUCGUCAACGAGCAUGGAAUCAUGAAACUCAUUGACUUUGGAAGCGCUGUGGUCUUUCGAUAUCCGUUUGAGAAUGACAUCGUGAACGCGUCGGGAAUCGUUGGAUCUGAUCCAUAUCUAGCGCCAGAGGUCUAUGAUGAGAAGAAAUACGACCCUCGCCCAACAGAUGUCUGGUCUCUAGCCAUCAUUUUUUGCUGCAUGAGCCUACGCCGGUUUCCUUGGAAGCAGCCCCGAGCCAGCGAUAACUCUUAUAGGCUUUUUGUUUCGACGCCCACACCUGGCACUCCUGUUCCGGACGCCGAUCCAAGGCGGCACCGGCCUGUAAAAUCGGCGCCGAAUCUCACAAUUACCCCCAAUGAGGAAAAAGGUGCGCAAUUUGCAUCUAGUAUUAGCGAGGAGCCUUCGAAAAUAAUGGCGACGCCCCCACGGUCCCCUGUUAAACCGCCGGCGUCUCCUGUAAAACCACCGGCAGCCAGCCAAGAGGAAAACCACCCACCAGAGAGUCCACAGGAGAAGACAGACGGUAGCAACAGUGCCGACAACAAGACUAGUGGCCAGAACAAACCCACUCGAACUACAAGCAAAGAGGCACCCCCGCUUCCAUCUGGCUCAACACAAUCGGCUGGGCAACGUCAGGAAGUCAUCAAGGGCCCUUGGAGACUGCUGCGGCUUCUUCCUCGCGAAAGCCGCUACAUCAUCGGCCGCAUGCUCAAAGUGAGCGUGAACGACCGAGCCACCCUCGAUGAUAUAUUGACAGAUGAGUGGGUGCGGAAUAUCAAAGCAUGCCAGCAGGAGGUGACAGGGGAGGUGAUCAAGGCGCCGGGCCAUACGCACGUCCUCGAGCCGCCUUCUCCGAGUGUGCCUGUCGCCAGUAAGGCGAAAUGA